GCAACCGCAUCAACAACAGCCAAGCUCUGCCUAAAACCCCCAAUCUUCACCUCUUCAGGUUCAGGGAACCAAAUGGUUUGCUGCGAUUUCUAAUGCAUCUGCUCUGCAUUGCAGCAUCCGGUGAGAAUGCAGGAUUCGAAGAUUCCCCUUUCGGAUGAAUUUUCGAUUCCCAAGUCACGGAAGAAGAAAGUCACAGCCCAGAAAGGCCCCUUGUUUCAGGUACAAGGGAAUGAUGUAAAUGGGGCACCUUCUCUUCCUGUGAAAGCAGGGAACAAACCAUCGAAAAGAAACUUGAAGAGGGAAGUUUCUCCAAUGGUACAGCAAUCAGAGAGGUCAAACUCGAAUUCGUUGCCUGAUUCAUCUACUUCUGGAAGCAAGUAUCGUGAGCUAAGGCUUAAGUACUUGAUGAUGGAGGAAGAGAGUUUUGCUGUGGGGAAAGAUCUACGAGAUGUUGAGGAAGAGGUUAAGACCCUUGAGGAGGAGAAGUUUGCACUCUUGGACCAGCUUGUUGUGUUGGAAGGCCUCGUUGAUCCUUCAGAGUUGCACCCCCAGGGUCUGCAUUCAUCAUAGUUUAUGCCUUUGUAUCAUUGUGUAUGAUUUAUUGGCAACAUGUAUAAUAUGAUAUAAAGUCUCAUAGAUUAGGGAACAGUUAUUGUUAAACUUCAAAAAGAUUGUAUCCAGUUCCUUUCAGGAACUCGUAAUAUGUAUUUGACUGCCUCACGUAUAAUGUUUGAUUAGAUAUUUUGUUGUUGCC